GGGAACUAGAAAAGAGGAGGGAAUAAGCAAUCAAAGUCCAAGUCAUCAUGCAUUGCCAAAUAAUUGAGUUUGGUUUCGAUUUCUUGUUCUUGAUCUUCCUCUCCGGCAUGUCCGACCGCAAGAACGAUGACCCUUUUGACUACAAUCCUUUCUACAUCUCCGACAACGUCGGAGGAGUCAGCCACCCGGAGUUUCGAUUCUUCGACGACGAUAGCACUAAUCUCUCCAUGUUCACUCAUCAUCAACAAGCUCCGCACAACCCACAAGCGCUCAACCCCGGCCCGUACACGAGCUUCGCCGGCAUCUUACGCGGUUCGGUUGAGUACAACACCUUGUCGAGAGCCUUCGACAUGUCUUGCUCAUCGUCCGAGGUUAUCACGCCUAACCUAGACGAGGGAGGUUCCUCGAAAAAGUGCGCGGUCGCGGAGUCAUCAGCCGCAGCGAGCGAAAACGGCCCGCCGUCUCCAAGUUCUUCGGUGUCUUCGUCUUCGAAAGAGGCAGCGGUCGAAGAAGAUGGACAUAGCAGCAAGAAAGAUGAGGAUGAUCCAAAGACCGAGUGCAAUGAAAAUGAUGACAAAUCCAAAAAAGGGAAUAAGCCGAAAAAGAAAGAGAAACGCCCGAGGGAACCGCGCUUUGCCUUUUUAACGAAGAGCGAGAUCGAUCAUCUUGAAGAUGGAUACAGAUGGAGGAAAUAUGGACAAAAGGCGGUCAAGAAUAGCCCUUAUCCGAGGAGUUACUAUAGAUGCACCACUCAGAAAUGCACCGUGAAGAAGCGAGUCGAGAGAUCGUUCCAGGACCCAUCAAUCGUGAUCACGACAUACGAAGGCCAGCACAACCACGAAUGCCCGGCAAACCUCCGAGGCAAUGCAGCUGCCGCUGCGAUUUUAUCCCCUUCAUUUUUUGCAUCGCCAUCAGCAAUCGGACCGAGCUUUCCUCACAAUUUGUUCCUGCCUCAGUUGCUUCAGAUGAGGAAUCCAAAUCGUGCUGACUCUAGCAACCCCAUGAUGUUCUAUCCCCAAACUCUAGCUCCUCAGCAGCAACAAUUCCAGCUUCCUGACCAUGGUUUGCUUCAUGAUAUGGUCAAUUCAUUCGUCCAGAAAAAGGAGCCUUGACUGGUUAAUCCAUUUUUAUUGCUGUAAGUCGAUAAGGUAUCCGAGCCGUAAAUGGGUCAUGGCGUAUUAUAUUUGUGAAAUUUCUUGUCAAGACCUGAUAUACAUGGACACAUAGCAUGAAUUGGUUAUAGAUCGAGGAAUAUCCCCAGUGCCGCUUGGCACGCUUUAGAAAGUUGAUGUGGCUCAGUCCAUCAGUUCUGGGAUUACUUGCAUUGCUAAGAGAAACGGAACCUUCGGUUUUUUCCAUGUAAAGCGCGGAACAACCCGUGCUGUAUGAUUGAGAUGACUGUAGGAAAUUGGAGACAAAAUGAGAAGGCUAGAGUUACAGUUGCACAACAGAACUUAACCCUUUGAUUGUUUGAUACCCAGCUUCCUCUUUACAACUCUCUUUUUUCCCAGGUAAAUAAUACUAGGUUGUCGUCAAAUGUUGUUGUUAAUAUCAUCAGACAU